CAGUAGGCGUCAUUGAAUCGUGGGGUUGAAUCAAUGGCGGGAAAGAUGCGAAGAUUGGGUACAUGUCUUGGCAUCCCCGAACCACCGAGCACCCUUCUCAUAACCGUCACGAUAUUCAGCAGCUAGCUUAAGCGCAGUACCUUCGCGAAAGGAAUCGUUCCACUCCCAACGUCAAUGUCGGCGGACUUAUUCGCGGAAUUUGGAUUCGGGGCCCCAGCUAAUCAGUCCUCAGGGACUGCAGCCCAGAAGGGGGCUCGACCUGCCGAUGCAACAUCUCUAAUCCCCGAACUAGAAACCUUCGACAAUGCUCCCACAGCAUCUACGUCACACACUAUUCAGCCACGGGCGUUAGCGACCCAUCGAAAUGCAUUGGGAAAGUCUAAUGCAUCACAUUCGAUGCGCUAUGGCAAGGACAGUAAUGUUCUAUUUGAUGCCACCUUGGAAGACCCUCCCGACGACAGUAGUGAAGACUGGGGGGAGUUCGAAUCUGCGGAUACUCCGUCUUGUCAAGCCGCACCAGAAAUUCUUAGUCACACUGAGGGAAAUGCUUCACGUCAGUCAACGAAGGGUCCAAAUGAGCUGAAAAACCUUGCAGUCUCGCCCAAUCAUCUUGAUUUGCUAGACUCGUUAUCAAUAGAAGAUAAAUCACCGCAAAGGCAUUCUCAAGCCUCCAGCACACUUGUUAAUAAAAACAGCAAUGUUACAUCUACAGCUUCCGGCAUACCUGAUGAUGAAGAUGCUUUUGGUGACUGGGGUGACUUUGUAGACGGCCCACCUACGGAACCCUCCAAGAGUGUUGGGAGCCAAAGACUUGCUUCUGCAAAGGUACCAAUCCAGAAAGCAAAGGCCGCCACCAACCUAGAGAAACAGAUUUCUCCAACGUUCAACAUAUCAAGUAGCGCUGUCUCUCCUGCUCAGAUCCGCCCAACGAAUAUACCUCCACCAUCUGUUCUGUUGGAGUUAUUCCCUCGACUUUUUGAUCAACUCCGAAAGGAGGCUACUGAAGCUAGAAAAAACGUCCAAGAAAAGCAAAAUAUUGAGAAUGUUGCCCUGCUGAUUCUUUGCACUCUGAAAGCAGCAGCUCGGGUUGUUGCGGGCCGCACAUUGCGAUGGAAAAGGGAUAGCAUCCUGAGUCAGAGCAUGAGGAUCGGCCCAGCACGCGCAGGGAAGCCAGGAGGAAUGAAACUUAAUACGGUCAAUAAAAAUGAGGACAUCAAGGAACAACAAGAAGCUGUUGACGUGAUAUCUAUGUGGCGGGACCGGACCGCCCUGUUUAAUUCUGUGAUCCAGGCAUCUGGCAGACGUCCAAUUCAUGUCAUUCCUCCCAACAUCCGAGCGAUGACUGCCACCCCUGAACAGGGAGCCUUGAAAGCUUCCCAUGCUUGUGCCCUUUGCGGGCUAAAAAGAGAGGAACGACUACCCAAGGUUGAUGACCAGGUAGAGGAUAGCUUCGGAGAGUGGUGGACCGAUCAUUGGGGUCAUACUGAGUGUAGACAAUUCUGGGAGACCAACGUUGCCUUACUCGGUCAAAGAUGAGCCUCCUCUACAACAAACUGAUCCUUGACUAUAUCUACGAGUUUUAAGCUAUCGGAUUAUAGAGCUAGAAGGGCCUGACCUGCUCUACGCCCCGCCCCAGUACAGUGAAUUACUUACAACCCUGGCAACAGAAUAUUGCCAGAAGAUCUGAGAGCUGCCAGGUACACCUGCUUACGCUUAGCACUAAUAUUGACUCAGCCAAUAGCCAUAGCCCAGAGCAUCAGUGAUAUUCACGCAGGAUCAAGUGCCUGCAGCUUCGAUCCGUGAUGAAUGAUGACGAUGAUUGUAAUUGCGCCGUAAACUAGACCCGUUGCGGUUAAACCAAUACAUGGUAUCAUGAGUACCUACGAGGUAGAUACUAGUACUACCUAGUACCUACUAAGGUUAACGCAGUCUGCGGGUCCUCCGAUAACAAAUGAUAAGACACAACAAGUCAUUUGGACAACUCACAUUACCCAAGCCCAGACACUGGCCAGUUGAUAUCUAGCUAAUUAAAAUCUUCCGCUGGGUUUCACCUGGGAGUUUCAUGGAUUUUUACGCAUUUCGAUUGGCCUGAUGCGGGGUUGUGGUUUUGCUCCGGCAUCUCCUCCGUCCCCAUACCUUUAAUCGGUUUAUCCCCGUAAUAUUACACUGGGGGGACCUGAGGCAGCUGCCCGAUGGUCAGCCUACGGCUCCGGACAACCAC